CGUGAACUGACUGCCUUCUACAGUGCAUGCGCUAAAGGUUAUAAGGGUACGGGCCCAGCCAACGAAGUUCAGGUUGAAACUUGCGAGCUGCAAUUCCCACAAAUGCAGACUAUUCAGCGACACUUGAGCCCAGUUGGAUCGAAAACGGCCACCCGGCAAGUAGCUUUUUCAGGCUGUCGUUUGCUUGCACGGAAAUGUGUGGUGCGGAGCGGUAGCAACGGCGCUCCCCAGACCACGACAGAGCAACAGUCCACCUCCUCCUCUACAACAACGGUGGACCUUGAUAAAGAGCUCACGAAGUUUACGCGAAAGGCAGCCGGCACCUUUGCGCCGCGCUCGUCGACAAAGCAGGAGAACCCUGCGGUCAAGGGCAGCGUACUGUACAACGUCUUUGAAUACCAGGCCUGGAUUUGCCUUGUAGCCGGCGGCCUCCUCUCAUUCAACCUCAUCUGGCCCACAGACGAACCCAGUAUUCCCCGCCUUCUGGGCAUGUGGUCCAUCUGGAUGUUCACCAUCCCCUCGCUGCGCGCCAAGGAGUGCACCGCCCGCGAGAAGGACGCACUCAACGUGCUGUUCCUGCUGGUACCCCUGGUGAACGUGGUACUUCCCUUCGUGUGGAAGAGCUUUCCCUUCAUCUUCUCUUCCAAUGUGGCGGCGCUGGGGUUGGUGUACUGGUGGAAGGGCGUGUGGAAGGAGGUGUACGGACUGCCCCUUGCAUGGGAUGGUGAGGCAGCAGCAGGGGCAACGGCAGCAGCUGGGGAUGCUUCUGAGAGCGUCUCAGGAGAUUCCAACGGCUCUGCUCAGGAGUGAGGCAGCAGCAGUGAUGCCUGUUGAGAGCAAAAUGCUUAGGUAAAGCGACGUUUGCACUAUAGGGCGUCUUAGAGGCGGGGUGAGAAUGGUACUGAGGUGUGGCGAGAGAAGAGCAUUGUAUAUGGGCCGGCUAUCGGUUAAAGCUAAGGUUUCAUGGAUGGCUGACAUGGAGAACUGGUGAGUGAAAGCGAGGUCGUUGGGUCUAGGUGCAUCUUGAUCUGUUGUACGCAUGUAGAUACCGGCAUGCAUGCCAUGUUAAGACAAUUUUGAGGACCUUAGCAGGAGGUGUGUAUCUUUUGGUUCACAGAUGGCCUCACUAUGCGCUUUGAGCUGAGGGAAUAUGGCAACGGGAGGGAGGAGAGGCAUAGAAGAGAAGGCAAACCCGAGAGCCGUGUUUUUCAUGUCUUGCGGUAAGCAUGCAUGUGCGGUCUGUCUUCGUUGCUGAUGCAGGGGGGUUCCUGAAUGCGAGGCAUCAACGCCGUGCGCUUGUAGGGCAGCGCGAGCGGCGUCAUACGUUGGAUCCCAUGCGGUUGCGUGCAUAUGCAGCGCAGGAAGGAUAGGGGAUGGGUCGUAUAGGGAGUGUUUGACUCCCUGAGCAGAUUUCUUUGGCACAACCCGCACAAGGUAGCCCGUACACUACAUUUCGCGGGCGCCUGAGCAGUGCGACCACCCCAUCAGCGUUAGGGAGGGGAUUCGGUUUCCGUUGUCUGGUUUUGCGCUGGUUGCCACUGCCUUGGGGCAACCCGUGUAGUUUGUGGUUGCUUUUUCCUGUAUCGUUGCGAUUUGUACUAGCUUGCCUUCUCUUAAACCUGACAGUCGCCGACGAGUCAACGAGGUCAUGUUAACAGUCCCUAUGUAAAGAUAUCCAGGCACA